CUCCCCCUCUAUCCCCUUUACCCCACCUGUUCGAGGACUUGUUCCGCAAGCUCUAACAUGAAAUACGCUCCCUUCCUGGCUGCCCUUGCUGGCAUCGUCACCGCUGCACCAUCGGGACUCAUCGGCUCGGUGCUCAACGCACCCGCGGUUAUUCCCAAUGCCUUUCAGCUUAUCGGAGAUGCAGUCUCCUCGACACCCUACACAUUCACUAUGCAUCUGAAUUCGGCUAAUUUGGACGGACUCGCCGCUCGCAUGAAUGAGAUUGCCGCUUCGGACGGCAACCCCCUGAGCGUCGAGGAAGUCUCUUCGUAUGCCGCUCCUUCGCAAGACUCCCUGACGGCGGUACAGAACUACCUCAAGGCACAGAGCAUCCCCGACUCAGCUGUCAGUUACAACGUGUUCAAGGAUGAGGUCACGAUUCAGUCCACCGUUGGACAAGCCGCUCAGCUCUUUGGAGCCAAGUUCAGCUCGUACAAGGUCAACGGCCAGACUGUUCCGCGAACCAAGUCCUACACCAUCCCGCAGGAGAUCUCUAGCGCUGUCCACCUCGUCCAGCCUUUCACAAACUUUUUGGCAGUCGCCAGCGUCUCGCCCAUCAAGAAGCGCAACAUCAUCACACCCGCCGAGAAGCGCGAAAUGUUGGCAGAACUCGAACGCCGUCAGGCUCCUGCAAGCUGCUCCACGGCCAAGGUGACGCCCGCCUGCCUCCGCAAUCUGUAUGGCACCGUCAAUUACAAGCCUGCGCCUGGAAGCACCGUCGACGUCUUCAUUGCUGGCUUCAUCGGCCAGUCAUUCUCCCAGUCGGACCUGACGGGCUUCUUGAAGUCGUACCGCCCCGAUGCUGCUUCGUACCAGAUGCCCGUCAUCAACACCGCAGGAGCCUUCAACCUCCCAAUUCUUCCCGGCAUUGAGGCGAUGCUUGACACGGAGACCGUUGUUGCAGCGACAUACCCGCUCAAGUCGACCUUCUACAACUACGGAAACCAGCUUACACAGGGCGACAUCUUCCAACUGGCCUUCAGUGAUAUUGCCAACAAUUACGCCAAGUACGGCAAGCCGGGCGUCUACACGAUCUCCUACGGCGCAGACGAAAGCGGCAGCACGCCCGCACAAGCAAACGCAAUGUGCAACGCCGCCAUGAAGCUCACUGCUCUCGGUACCACCAUCGUUCUUUCUUCGGGCGACAACGGUGUCGGUGGCCAGAGUGGCGACACCUGCCCUCCUUUCGUUCCCACGUACCCUGGCGGUUGCCCUUACAUUACGUCUGUGGGUGCUACGCAAAACUUUGCGCCAGAGAUGCCCACAGACCCUUCGCUUGCUGGCUUUUACAGCGGCGCAGCGUUCAGCAACAUCUUCCCCCGACCUUCGUUCCAGAAUACCCUCGUCCCGCAGUACCUCACCGCUCUCGGCACGCAGGAUGCCGGUGACUUCAACACUACGGGUCGUGCGUGGCCCGACGUCAGCGCUCAGGGAUCCAUGUACGUUGUUCGAUCGAGCGGCGUGGAGCAGACCGUCGGCGGUACUUCGGCGUCAGCACCAACGUUUGCCAGCAUCGUUGCGCUUCUCAACGAUGCCCGUCGCAAGGCUGGAAAGGGCAAUGUGGGCUGGCUCAACCCAAACAUCUACGCGAAGCCAAGCGCAUUCAACGACCUCACGACGGGCACGUCCAACGGCUGUGGAAGCACGAAUCUUGGAUUCCCUGCAAAGACGUCUUGGGACCCAGCCAGCGGUCUUGGCACGCCAAACUUCAGCAAGCUUCUUGCAGUCUACGGCCUCACGGCCUGAGAAAAUCUCACACCUAGGGACUUUGCCCCAUGAUGACGGAAAGACAUGACUCGUUUUCAAGUUCUCACACUCUCCACGUAGCAUACUUCUUCUCUAGCACCUCCCACGUAGCACACCUCGCUCGCUCGUCAAGAGAGCGGCAUGCUGUACCUCUUUCUCCAGGCUCGCAAUUGUCAAAUUUGCUUUGAGCCGGUUUCACAAUCAUCAAAGUAUCAUGG